GGAACCGCUUCCGGUGGCGGCGGCGGCGCCCGCGAUGGCGGCGCCCGGUGGGGCCGGGGCCGCGGCUGGGACCGGAACCGGGUCCGGGCGGGUUUAGGGUCCGGGCCGGGGCUAUGGGCAACGCGUUGGGCCCCGCCGGGCCCCGCGGCCCGCGCCGGGGGGAGCCGCUCGGCAGCCCCGGGAGCUUCGAUGAACUGCACCGGCAGUGCAAAGAGGUGUUCCCGCAGCAGAUGGAGGGAGUGAAGCUGUUGGUGACCAAGACCCUGAGCAGCCACUUCCAGGUGACCCACACCAUCCACAUGAGCACGUUGGGACCCUCCGGUUACCGCUUCAAUGCCACCUUCGUGGGGGACCGGCAGCUGAGCCCCACCGAGGCCUUCCCCAUGCUGGUUGGGGACAUGGACAGCACCGGCAGCCUCAACGCCCAAGUGCUGCACCUCAUCGCCGAGCGCAUCCGCACCAAAGCCGUCUUCCAGACCCACCAGGCCAAGUUCGUGACCUGGCAAUUCGACGGCGAGUACCGGGGGGACGACUGCACCGCAACCCUCACACUGGGCAACCCCGACCUGCUCGGCGGCUCUGUGAUCCUGGUGGCCCAUUUCCUGCAGAGCAUCACCCCCCGUAUGGUGCUGGGGGGGGAGAUGGUUUAUCACCGGCGGCCUGGGGAGGAAGGAGCCAUCCUCACACUGGCAGGGAAAUACACGGCUCAGAAGUGGGUCGCGACACUGAACGUGGGCUAUGGCGGAGCCCAUGCCAGCUAUUACCACCGCGCCAACGAGCAGGUACAGGUCGGGGUGGAGCUGGAGGCCAACACCCGGCUGCAGGAAACCACCUUUGCCUUUGGCUACCAGCUCAACCUGCCCCAAGCCAACGUGGUCUUCAGAGGUGAGCCUGGAGCUGCGCCGGCCCCGGCGGCCCCAGCACCGUCCCGGUGCUCACCACCUGCCCCCAACGCCACCACAGGGCUCGUGGACAGUAACUGGAGCGUCGGGGGGGUGCUGGAGAAGAAGCUGCCCCCCCUGCCCGUCACCCUGGCUCUGGGCGCCUUCCUCAACCACUGGAAGAACCGUUUCCAUUGUGGCUUCAGCGUCAUCGUGGGCUGAAGGGCAGCACCUGCCCUGCAGGGAGCUGCUGACCGGGGCCGCACCGGGGCCGUGCCGGGGCCGGGGGAGCCCACGGAGCCCGGGGGAGCCGCGCUCCGGUGCCAUGGGGACAUAGGGACACACGGUGCCCGGUGGCAGCCUGGGGGUGAGGAGCAGCCUGGGGGACCCUGAGGUCUCUGCCAUGGCUCUGGGCACACGCGGAGCCUGGAAAAAUAAAGGAGCUUUACUCUGCU